CCGCCGUUUGGCGCGGCGGCCGCGCCCGCGGGCGCGCUGCGGCCGGCGGCCGUGUGGCUCCCAGGCGCCCCGCCCACGGCACGCUGCGCCUGGGCAGGGCCGCUGCUGGCUCGCCCGGUGCCCAGCCCGCGGCACGCGGGCAGCCCAGGAGGGCCCAACCUGCGCGAGUCGGCCAGCGGCUCUUGGGCUCCCGGCGCCGGCAGCCACGCGGCUGGCCGCGAGACGCUCCACGCCGCGCCCGAGGUCUUCCACGUCGUGCCGGACCUCCCCGUUCCAGCCGCGCAGUGUGCGGGGCAGCACGGCGUGCCCGAGCCGGGGCUGGAGCACCGCCCGCACCUGCGCCCCAUCCGCGCCUGGCUGCACGUGCCCGGCGUCGCGCCGCAGGUGCCGGAGCGCCCGUUUGGCUGCGGGCCGCUUGAGCCCUCGCCGCCGAGGCAUGCCGUGCGAGCCGUCGGGCUGCCUGCCCACGGGCAGGCGCUCCCCGCCCGGUUCGCCAGGGCCUGACCGUUACGGUCGGACCGAGGCGGCUGGGUCGCGGCUGUGGGCUUGGUCUAUCAGAGCUCGCACGGAUGGACCACGCGUUGAGUUUGACGCCGACGUGUGUUGUGAGGACAAUCGCGGUAGGAGGAUCGUCCCGAGGAGCUGGCAGCGCGCGACAAUCAAUGAGCGCGACUGGCCUUGAUCUUGGCACGUGCUGACAAUACAUGAGCGCGCGUGGCCUAGGUCUUGGCAGUUGGAGCCGCGGAAGUCGGGUGCGGAAUUAGAAGGGUCUGGCAAUUGGCCUGCCUCUCUCUGUUGCAUAGAACGGCAAGAAGGAGGAGGAAGGAGGGGAACCACAGAGAUUCGCAGUGGCAUUUUUGUUUGUUUGAGCCGAGCAAGUGGUACAUUGGUUGCUCUGCUCCCAUCAACACAUAAGUAUCCUAGCACCGAGCGAUUGGUGCAUGGGUUGUCGGGAUGAGCACGUAUGCCUCCCGCAAUCUUGGAUUCAAGCCAAUGUUAAACAAUCGCGUCGCAGGACGUUCAUCAGAAUUCCGCAGCACGUGUCAGGCUAGCCUUUUUGUACAGGAAUAAAGAUUUGCAUGACCAGCGAAUUUGUUCAUUGUCGGCUAGUUGCGAACCUGGUGGACGUUCGAGCCACAAACGUGUGUCACGGUCUAAAGCGUCUAUAUAAUUCAUCGCAUGUCCUACCCC